AUGAGUUGUAUAUUACCAAAUUCAUAUUGGCCAUUAUUAAUUCUUGUGUUUUAUAUUUUUUUACCAAUACCUCUUAUUAUUACUACAACCUGUAAUCAAUACGAUGAUAAUACAGGUCCAAAUGAACUAGCUAUAUUUAUUACAGCUGUCUUACUUGUUUCAACAUUUGGUCUUCUUAUUGUUAUUUAUUUCAAAGGCUAUAUACAUGGUCUAGGUUUGAGUUUUGCUCUUACUGGUAAUAUUACUUUUAUUGGUAGUAUUAUCAUCUAUGCAUUGUUAUUUCACCGAAAAACAAAUGAAUUUAAUUAA